AUGCCCAGAAGUCAAAGCUCCUCGAUCACUGAAGGUCGCUCGUCCCCCGAGUUUCAAACGGUCCCCCACCAUCCAGAAGGCCAUUCUUUCUCUAGCUCCUCAACAACCAUGCCUCAUAGCUUCCCAUCACAAAAGCUUCGACGUCUUCGCAUGGAAAGCAUGGCCGACGAGGAUUGCCCCCCUGAUGGGAUUGAAAUCAUGCCUCAGGGACAUCUGGGACGAGAUCCUCGAUCUCAAUCUUCGCUCGCUACUCGUGAUUCGAGCUCUGAAGAGGACUUCGGAUGGCCUUCGGGUGAAGAAACACGUGAAAAUAAUUUUUAUCACUUUCGCAAAGGUUCGUCUCGAAUCACAAUUGAUGACCCUUCGAAAAUGACCUCCUCGCCUUCUCGAUAUGACGAUUCUUCGUCGACCCCAAUUACCCCAAUGAGUUCACAAAAUGCCCAAGAUUCACAAAGCUUCUUUCACGGGUAUCAAGGAGGUGAAGGACCCCAAUGCUGCCUCAAAAAUCCCCAAAGCUUCUCUUCCCAACGGCCAGUUGACUUAACCGACGAUGAGCUGGCUUGCAUUAAGCCUGAAUUUGUCGAUUUGACAGAACAGCUGGAUAGAGUCGGCGAAACCUUCGACAUUGACCCUGCUGAUUGCAUGACCGAUGACCAAUUCGAAGGAUGGCUUCCCUGUUCCCCAAGGGACCGACCCACCCACGAUAUACAUGAGGCCAUUGUCGAUGGUAUCGUGUACCGACCUUCAAUGUCAUUGAAGCUCCUUGAUGACUCCUACCUUCGAAUAGAGACAAUUCGCCGCCAAAAUGGAGAAUACGUCCUCUAUGGUCGCCAUCUCCUAGAUAUGACAGAUCGCCGAGCGGACGACUAUUUGCCCAGGGUCAAAGGAGAACUGGUCUGGAUCACGAAGGUAGUUAGGCCAGUAUCUGUGAAUGAAGUUGCAGUUCAUCAGGAUAUACGAUUCACCAAUGAACGCACUGACUGGCAGGAUCAUGAAGAUCUGGUUUGCCGACUCAGAGUCACUGUUCGACUUCGCGACGAGCCGCCUGUUCGUCGUCGGGAUCCACUAAAUGCGGAUGAGCGCAUCGUCGAAUACCUCUCCUUUGAGGAAAGCGAUGCCGGUGAAGGGUGGGCGUCGACGGACUUGCGCGACUAUGGGCCUGAGGUCAUUGAUCUGGAGGACACGCCUCCCCUUCGCUUUGAUCUCACAGGCUUGCGUGACCGGACAUACACAUUCGGCGAUGCAUACUCUGGCGCUGGCGGUGCUUCAUACGGAGCCAGACAAGCAGGGUUGGUCAACGCGUGGGCCUCAGAUGUCAACAUUCAUGCAGUUGAUACUUACCGCCGCAACUUCGAAGAUACGGACAUUUAUCAUGCUGAGUUCUUCCAACUGAUGACGAUUCCGGAGUCUGAAUUGCGAGUCGAUAUCGCUCAUUGUUCCCCACCAUGUCAACCAUUCUCACCUGCUCACACCGUCAAUAACCAGACUAACGAUGAGCGGAACUCGGCUUGUGUGUUCACGGGUAGCGAUCUGAUCAAGCGAGUUCGCCCACGCGUUUUGACCAUGGAGGAAACGAACGGUUUACACGAGAGAUUCAAGCCGGAAUUCAACCGGAUCAUUCUGAACUUCAUCCAAGACGGAUACUCUGUUCGCUGGUCGGUACUUGAAUGCUCCUAUUACGGAGUCCCGCAGUUCCGCAAACGCCUGAUGAUGAUUGCUGCAGGCCCUGGUGAGACUCUCCCCGAAUUUCCCCAGCCCACCCACUCCCUCCCGGGAGGCGGAUUGAAGCCAAUUGAGACCAUCCAUCGUGCGAUCAAUGACAUCCCCUGCGACGCGGCAAAUCACGAUGUGGAGGAAGGCCUUCGGCGUUGGGCAUUGCUCGGAUGGCGUCGGCCGUACAAUGGACACCAGCCCGCAAGAACCUUAACUUGCAAUGGCGGCGAGUCCAACUACCACCCCAGUGGAAAGCGGACCUUCACCUGUCGCGAAUUGGCGUCUCUGCAGACUUUCCCAAUCGAUUUCCAAUUUUCCAAGUCGAAUGUCCGCAAGCAGAUUGGAAAUGCCGUACCUCCUAAAUUUGCCGAUGCCGUGUUUCGGCAGAUUCGUCGAUCACUGCGUGAAACCGACGAGGAGGAGUUGCAGCAGAGGGAAGCGCGUUGGGUCGGCAUGUGA